GUCAAGAUUAUUUUUUCCAGAAACUAAAAUCAAGUUUCGCAUUAAUUUUUGCGCCAUUUUACAUUUCUACAAUGUGGCAUUUGAUCCCACUUUUUUUCAUAGCGGUGCUCACUUGGCAUGUUGUUUACUGCAAUUUUUCCUCGAAGGGGUGGAGCAUUAAUAAAUUUCCGGGCCCGACAUACAUCCCGCUGGUUGGAUCCAUGUUAGUUUUUAAGGAUAUGCAAAAUUUUUUUGACCCCAAGAAGAUGAAAUUUCCGCAAGGAACGAGCCGAAUCUGGUUGGGGUUUAAACCCGUAAUUAUAACGACGGAUAGUAACGUGAUUCAGGAAAUAUUGACGUCGCCGGCCUGUUUUGAUGUAGCCGAUGAAUUAUCUGUACCAUUGAAAAACACAAUAACGGGCGAGUCACUGCUUAUAGCCUCCAACAAAGAUGACAAGUGGAAGAGUCAGAGGAAAAUAUUAUCGCCCGGAUUAAGUGCGAGCAUGCAUCCCGAAUUUCUCACCGCGUUCCACACCCACCUCCCAAACUUGAUGGAAGUGCUCGACGAGAAGUGUAAAAUCGGGGGAGAGUUUAAUCCGGACAAUCUUUUUGGCAAGUUUGCCAUGGGUGUGGCGUUCGAGACAAUCCUCGAUUUCGACGUUCCCGUGAACUUUUUCCAGCACGAUCAUGCCCUCCAGUACGAAAUGUUUGUAAAUGGGUCGAAUGCCGCUUUUCAACCCGCAGUCCAACCAAAAUUUCAAAUCCCGUUGAUGUGGAGGUUUUUCGGAUAUGGAGCCGAAUUCCAGAAACUUUUCGACUUUAUGGAAAUAUAUUUCCCAAAAAUGUUUCUUAAAGAGAAAAUGUCCGAGUGGAAAAGCUACGAGGAAAAUGGCGCACUUCCGAAGAGGAUGAAAUAUGCGAACCUCCUGUAUAAAAAAUGGACAGAAGCAAAACUUGUGACUUGUCAAUUGAGCACAAUUCUGGCUGCGGCCGUCGAUUCCACCGAUUCGGUCUUGUGUUUAGCGCUGAUUCAUCUCGCUAAGUUUAAAGAGGUUCAGACGAAAGCGUAUUUGGAGGCGAGACGCGUGAUUGGGCAAGAUUACGAUAACGUCCUGAGCAUCACGGAUAUCGAUAAGCUGAAAUAUAUCGACAUGGUUAUCAAAGAAUCAAUGAGGCGAAUCACAAACACUCCUGUGAUUGCGAGGAAGGUCGGGAAGGACCUCAAAUUGGGAAAUGGGCUCAUGAUUCCAAAAAGUACGAGCGUUUUCAUCCCUCUCCAUCUACUCCAUCACAAUCCGGAAGUCUUUCCCAACCCGGAUGCCUUCAUUCCGGAGAGAUUUUUACCCGAAAAUGUGGAAAAGCGACAUCGCUACGCAUACCAACCGUUCAGUAGUGGACCGAGGAACUGUAUUGGAAAGAAGUAUGCCAUGAUUGAAGUUAAGUUUGUCUUGGCGAAACUACUCUACAAAUUCGAGGUGACCUCCAGCAUGGAAAAUAUUGACGACUUAAAUUUCGAAUACGCCCCAUUCGCCAAGAUCCGUGGCGACUUCAGGAUUGGAUUACGGGAACGCCGGCACAUUUAAGUUAAAUUCGGACGCUAAAUAUUUCCUAUCAAUUGAAAAUUUUCAUCUGAUAUUUUAAAAUGAAGCGCAACCGGGAUUAAUAAAUUAUGAUAAGUAAAA